GCGUCCAGCUCCGAUCCGGAGACGACUGUGGCUCCGUUUUGCAGGCGCACGUAGCCUCGCCCAUGUCAAGAAGGCCUGCAAACACGCACGAGACCGGCGCGCCCUUCGUUCGACAUGUCAUCCCGAUGGGGCUUAGCGGCUCAUGUCAUGGGUACGAAGCGUAUGCGAAGGCUUGCAUGGGCUGGGCUGAUAAGAUGGGCUUUACUGUUAGUCGUUAAUAGCCUCUAACAAAAAAGCGGGGGAACCGCGCUGGCUUGUCCUUCCAUGGGCUUCACUGGGCGUCCAUUGCCGCCGUAGCUUGGCACCUGCAGCGCUGUCACUCCAGCACAGCAGUCUACUGAUGGGCAUCAGAAGAACCCCGUGGAAGCAAACAAAGAUCCAAAACGAAAAAGAAAAUACAUCUAGAAGCCUAUAAUCAUGCAGAUUCUAAUUUUCCGAAACCAAUCUCAACCCCCACUCUUUCAUUUCCUCUUUUUUCUCAUUCUCGUGAUCCCUUCUGCUAUGACUCUUCUUUCCUCCUUCUCAGUACAUCCAGCCGCCCCAAUCAACUAACACGCCAUCGUGAACGCAGGUCGCUUUUUUUUUUCAGCGCAGCAUUGCAUUAUUAAUACACAUAAACGCCCAAACCACAGCUUUUACACAUGCAAGAUCACAACAUUCGUGCGCAAAUAAACUUUGGAAAAUUGCGCCAUAAUUACAAGCCAUCUAUGUGACACCUGUCGUAAAUCCCAUGACACUCAAUGGACUACAGCCGUCGUCCAAAGACCAAAAGUUCAUCCCCCUCUCAAAACCCACUUACUGCAGGCGCCCCCACGUGUGCACGCUCGGCACUGCAACGCAUAUCCGAAGUCGCUGGAACAUUCACUUCCUUCAGUGGAGAUCAGCCGCUUAAGCCGGACCAGCCACGGCGAGGCAAGCCUCACACCGACUUGAAGUGGACGACCGAGUUACGGCGCCGAGGAGCCAAUGACGGCGCGCGAGUUUAAGAUCAGCGACGGCGGGUGUCAUGCAAUGCAUCAUACAAAAUAGAUAUUCGCCGAGAAAUACAAGGGGAUAUGGUGAGAUUUUACAAUAAUAUAAACAAAGGUCGUCCGGGUUCUCUGCUAUAGAUACAGAGACUAACAUGCUGAGCACCAGCUGGCAGUUGCCAGUAGCCAGCUGUCAGCGGUAGCGCCGUAGAACAAGUACACACGAGUAGCAGAAGUGCAGUGCAUGCUUCACCUUCUUACAUACACAACGAAACGGUAGACAUCACCACCUUCUUUAUAAUGAGCCGUGGCAUUAUCUGGGCAAAUGGCAUCUUUUAAUCCCUUCUUAUUUCCCGUCACAUUAUGAAGUCUCUUCUUCAUCACCUAUCAUGCCGCAAAACUGUCCGUCCGCGCCGUUAUCCCUCCAAGGGCUUUGACUUGCUCCCUGCCGACAAACUCCUUGAGGAAGAGACAACGCCCAAUUACAAUGCAUCCAACUAUUAUCCGGUCAAGAUUGGCCAAGUUUUGCACGACAAAUACCAAGUAGUCUCCAAGCUGGGCUUUGGCGCCAACGCAACCGUCUGGCUGUGUCGCGAUCUAACUAAGAAUAGUCUAUACGCCAUCAAAGUAUACACCAGCAAUCACGACACCAGCUGCCAGGUUGCUGUCUCCGAAUCUAUCAAGACUAUCGUCGGCUCACAUCCAGGCCGAGGAAGUCUUCAGACAGUCAAGGACAGCUUCCAAAUAUCCGGGGCGAUCGGCUUUUCUCAUGAUUGUCUAGUUUUUGAUCCCAUGGGUGUAUCGUAUACACAGCUUCAAGACGCAGCACCUAACCGAGGUCUGAGCAACGAUUUAAUAUACAAGUACGCAACGUCUAUACUAUAUGCUCUCGGCUUUUUACAUCACAUUGGAAUCAUCCACGGGGCGGUGUCCUCAGAUAACAUACGCCUGAGUGUGGAUCACAAGGUGGAAAUAACCAAUAUCGAAGCGGCCGAAAUAGCCCAUCCGUCGCCUCGGAAAGUCCUCCCAGAUCGAACGAUAUAUUCCUCGUACAUUAUGCCUAUUACACCUGGAUCGCCGGUUCUCUGCAACUUUUUUGCUUCUUUACUUGGCAAGCCAAGACAGACGCACCCAGGAAUUACACUCACAUCAGGAACUCAUUGCGCUCCCGAGAUGGUUUUAAAAAUGGAGUUUGAUUGCAAGACGGAUGUUUGGUCUUUUGGCGUUCUUAUGUGGCAAUUGGUCACUGGGAAACCUCUCUUUCGCAGUCAUAUACCAGGGCAGCAAAGUAAUGAUGCCCCGUAUCUUGCCGAGAUUGUUUCUCUUAUAGGCCCCCCUUCUGCUCAAUUCCUGCAAAGAAACCGUUCAUGUUACAAUAUUGGGAUACCGAUGGUAAGAAAAUCAUGGCUCUGCAUCUUCUUAUGCUCACUUCAACAGGAAACUGGACCGUCCCCGCCACACCAAUCCCACAGCAACGCUUCGAAAAUCUCGAUACCGGGCUAGAUGAAAACGGACAAACAUUGCUAUUCAAAUUUAUGCAUAGAGUCUUAUGCUGGCUGCCCGAGGACCUCCCUGCAGCGAUGGAGCUAUUUGCAGACGACUUCAUUGUCAACCAUAUACGAGCAAACUUAUCACAAGAUUAAUGCAUCAAUCACCGAAACAAAAAGGUGGCGAGACACAAUCGCUUAAAAAGGCACAAAAAUAUUGUCAAGAAGUUAUUGAGUGAUCUGAUUAGUAUCUAUGAAGCAGACCCGACCUCCAAACUCCCAAAAUAUCAUAAAGUAAAAUCAAAUCAAGCGCUUUGCUGCCGUGCACCAAUAUCGUGCAUGUUUUUGUGUCGUCGCCAGACUGCGCCUGAAAAAAAAACUCGAGUAAAAACGAACUGUCCGUUGUGACUCCCUGCUACCCAUUCUGUGGGUGUAGCGAUGAUUAAAAAAAAACGUGAGGCUUCUCUUUCUUUUUUCGUUUCUCAUAUAUCUCUCCAUUGCUAUUCUCUUUCAAGGGCCCGUUUGUUAUUCACGGCCCAUGGCGAGCAGCUCUCUUUCCUUCGCAGCCAGCAUCUCGCGGAUACGCUCAGUUUCCUGCUCCAAUGCAGUGCGUCGCUGCAGCUUUGCUUCAUCUGCAACCUCAGGGCCGGGAGGUUGUGAGCCGCGGCUGCUCGUCGUUGUCGGCGGGAUGCCAGGCGAUCGCAGCGGAGGCAAGGCCAAGUCACUGUCGUCGUCACCUCCAGAUGGGUUUAGGAUAUCUUUGAUAGAGGAUAUGCGCUUGGAUGUCUCGUAGCCGUCGCUCAGCACGGCCGACUCUGACUCUGUAGUAGAAAACGAUCGCUUGCGGCUUGGGGACAUAAACGACCCAGGUGACCGCGACAUCUGUCGAUCGGAGCCGCUGCCGCCGCCACCACCACCGCCACUAGCCAUGGAUGUAAGUGGUGGUAGUCGGUUUUCAUCGUUCAGAGAUCCCAUAACUUGGCGGUGCGAUGCAGGUGAGCCUUGGUGGUAUGCAGCCAGCGUCGAAGCGCCUCCAUACGGCGAAGGAGGCUUGGGUGCUUGAUGGCUGGGCUCGUGCUUGAUGCCAGGGUCUGCACGGCGACGAAAACCCAAGUUGACGGAACCAUCGUCAUUGGUGGUACCUCUCUCGGGAGUUUUCUGGGGGCUAGGUGCAUCCUUCAUAUCCGAGUCUUCGUCUUCGUCGUCUUGGUUGGCCGGAAUAACGCGCUUUCUUCGUUUAAUGGUUGCUUUCUUCAUCGUUACCGGACGAUGGACGCCAUGUAGUCUGUAAUAUAAUCCUGUAAAAGAAAAAUUAGCAUAUGUAUCAGAGAAUGGUGGAAGAUAUAGGGAAACCAACCGCAAGCGUUGCAAAUCAUGUGUCCGUUGCCAUCUCUUCUCCACAGCGGCGUGAUGGUUGUGCCACAGUUCUGGCAGGCAAUAACGGCGGCUGCCUCUUCAUUCUGCUUCUGCAGAGCGUUGACAUCAAUCGGUGUUGGUCCUUCGUGCUGAGGAUCGCCGCCACCACCACCGCAGCCACCCUGCCGUGAUGAUGAGGAUGAUCCGUUGAGCUGAGCCAGCUUGGACACUCGGUUAUUGUAUGCAGGGCAGCCGUUGCAGCCCUCGGCGCCGCCUGUGCCAUUGCAGCGGCCUCCACCAGGGCAGGUACCUGACGGAGACUGCUCGGCGGCGACAUAUGUUGCGCCAGCGGGCGCUAGUUUUUGGCCGCUAAUUGGUUUUGAAGGAGCAGGCCGUGACGAGCCGCCACCAACGACAUUGGGGGGCUUCUUGAGACUCGUCGGGCGGGCUGAGUUUCUGGCUCGGUAGUAGAGGCCGCAGGCGUUGCAUAUAGUAGCACCGGUAGGCGAUCUUCGCCAGAGCGGCGUCUCUGUGGUGUUGCAGUUGCUGCAGACCUGGCCCGUCGUAUUGGCUGGCGGCUUCUUCUUGCCUGCUUUUGAUUUCGAGCCGUCGUCGUCAGACGAGGGGCUGGCCCUCGCGUUGGGCAGAUCGGUCGAGGAUGAGGUGGAGGCGGUCGUGAUGUCAGACUCGUCGCGUGGUUGCUUUGUAAUAGGACGUGAAGGAAGCGCCGUCCGCCCCGAGGACGCGGGCGGCGGUAUCGAUGCUUGCGAGCCGGCGAUGUCGGUCAUUGUGAAUGAAUGUGCUGCAGGUGUCGGCUUUGUCGAGUCAAUAGUUUAAUCUGAAUGUAGUGGGAGGCAAACAAGGUUUGUCAUGGGUGCACGGCCAUUCGGUUGUGAUGCCAGCGUCGGGGUGGCCGGCGGUCGCGGGCGGCGGAGAGAGUGAACGAGGGGUGAAGUGACGAUGACGAGAGAGAGAUGCAAAAGUGCGGAGGAAAAAAGACGAUGCGGCGGAAGAAAGAAAAAAAGCGUGAUGGACGGGCUAGCUGGGGCCGGAAACGAAGGGGGAGCCACCGAAAAAAAGAGGAUGACUGUCGACACAAGGAGGAGCCUAAGAUUUUGGUGGGCUGAUGGCGAAAAUGCACCGUGGGAUGAGGAAUGGGAAACCACGCCCUGAGUGAAAUAAAGCAGUGAAUAAAAGAAAAGAAGACACCAAGAAUGCGAUCCUCGCCCGAUAAGAGAAAAUAAAAGAGAAUCAAAUUCUGCAAAGGACACGCUGCCUGCUCUGCUCCGGCAAAAAGCGUUUCUCGCCCCAGAAGGAUGAAGCCCUGCUGCUGCCCGCUUUGGAUAAUCAAUCCGGUGUCCUGUCUGCCUGCCUGCCAUCUGCGGUGAUGCGCAAUCAGAUGGAGAGGAGGCGGCCAAUCAGAGGCGCUGUUUUGAUUCAAGCUUUCUUGAUUGGCCAUGUCGUAAAGAAUAUGGGGCCCGACGUCUUUCUUCCGUUUGGGUUUGAGUGUGCUUGGCCUGCCUUUUAUUUUUAGUGUACGAGACGAGAGCCGGCCUCUAAUUAGCCCGACUGAUGCACUGUCUACCGAAGAAAAAACAAAUGUCCGAAAAUUUGCAAAGAUAUCUGUAAGUGUAGCUGUAAGAGUAAAUGUAAGCAUAACAAUCCAAACGUCGUUGUACAUGGUAGUCAGCCCAGGAUAAAGCCAUAGUAAACUUCCAUCAGUGGAGCAUGUCGUUGGCCAGUCCGUAGGCCUGUCCGUGGAUAUCAAUAUAUCCGG